AUGAGAUUCCUUCAGGCAGGUCCUUUGACAGCUGCGCUGUCCGCCGUUGCGGGAGUGGCUUCUGCUUCCGUUUUCCAGAACCACACCUAUGACUACAUCGUGGUCGGUGGUGGUCCCGCUGGUAUCAUCAGUGCCGAGAAGUUCGCCCAGGCUGGAAAGAAGGUUCUGCUUCUCGAGCGUGGUGUUGGCCCAACUGUCGCCACUGGUGCCAAUGAGACCCUCGUUUGGAAUGAUGAAUUGACCGCAAUCGAUCUCCCCGGCAUGUCUGCCAAUGUCGGUGCCCUCGAUGUGUGGAAUGAGUACAUGUGUACGGACACCGAGGGAAUGGCCGCCUGUGUCCUUGGCGGUGGUGUCACUGUUAACUACAUGGUUUUCGUCCACCCGCCUGCCCGCGACUUCGAUGACAAGUGGCCCCAGGGUUGGAAGUGGAAGGAUGUCGAGCCUGCCGCUGACAGACUCUACAGCCGCAACCCUGGCACCUUGUUGCCCUCCGCUGAUGGAAAGCGGUACGACCAGGUUCUCUACGACGUGCUGUCCAAGUUCUUCAGUGGCCUUGGCUGGAAGUCCGUUGAUAUGAGCGCCCAGCCCGAUGAGAAGACCAAGGUUUACAGUUACCCUGCCUGGAACGUUCAGGACCAGAAGCGCGCCGGCCCCGUCCGCACCUACCUCCCCGACGCCCUCAAGCUCGACAACUUCCAGCUCGCUCUUGGUACAAAGGUCCUCCGACUGAUCCGUUCUGGUAGCAAGGUCACCGGAGUUGAGGUUCAGAACGCCGCUGGUCGCACUGAGAUCAUCACCCUUGGCUGUCACGGUCGUGUUGUGCUGGCCGCCGGUGCUCUGAGCACCCCUCGCGUUCUCUGGAACUCUGGUAUCGGCCACAGUGCUCAGAUCGAGACUGCCCAGAAGAGCGGUGUCGCCGUGCCUCCCAAGGCUCAGUGGAUUGACCUUCCCGUCGGCGUUGGUGUCAAGGAUCACCCUAUCUUCCCCAUCACCUUUAGCGCCAACAGCUCAUUCGGCCUCGUCGACUACGAGGGUGUUCUGAACGGAUCUGACACCCGUGAUAUCUCCCUGUACGAGAAGAACAGCGGUGUUCUGACCCAGGGUAAGCACCGUAUGAUCUUCUUCACUUCCGAGGAGGUCGAUGGCCACACCCAGUACUUCCAGGGCUCUUGUGCCCCUACUGCUGAGGGUGUCGUCACCAUCACCAGCUACCUGACUCACGGCCUUACCUCUUCCGGUGUUCUUGGACUUGACUCCACCGGAAAGACCGUCUUCGAUCAAUCACCUUACCUCCAGAGCUCUUCUGACCGUAAGGCUGCUCGCAUGUUCGUCCAGAAGAUGGUCGAUGAGAUCACCGCUCCUUCCACCGGAUUUGAGCUCCAGACCAACACCAACGUCUCGGCUAUCUUGAACGCCAGAACCUCUGGUAACCACUACACCACCACUGCCAAGAUGGGUACCGAUGACGGCCGUGAGAACGGUACUUCCGUUGUUGACACCAACGCCAAGGUGUACGGUACCGACAACCUGUUCAUUGUCGAUGGUAGUAUCCACCCCGACCUCCCCACCGGUAACAUCCAGACCACCAUCAUGGUUGUCGCUGAGGUUGCCGCUGCUAAGAUUCUUCACUGUUAA